AUGUCGUUGAAGUUCUCAGCUGGUUUAUGCCUGGUGUUGUUCGUGGCUUUCUCCAACUGUGCUUCUUUUUCUAAAAAAGUAAAACUUCGGUGGCCAAGGAACGGUAUGUAAAGAAAAAAGACACUUAUAAAAAAUAUAUAUUAAAACUAAACACAUUUUGUUCCACAGAAAUGUUGAUUUUUUAAAUGACGUGCCAUGCACGCUCUGAAAACAAAAAACAAAACAAAACAAAAACAAAGAUAUGACCCAGUGACGAAGCGAGAUACCAUUUUCAUGCGUUGUGUUCCACAAGUGUUUUUGCAAAAAAAAUCACUGCACGAAAAAUUUGAUUUACACCAAAUUUACUCAGUGCAAAUUUGGUGCAAAAAAGUGCAGACUAAGGUUAAAUAAAGGGCAAAGAUGGUAAAUACCGUAUUUGCCUUCAAAUUUACAACCCCAUGUAAACUGGCAAGCAAAUGCGGUAUAUACCAUCUUCGCUUUUGAUUUCCCCCUAGUUUGCACUUUUUUGCACCAUAUUUGCACCGAGUAAAUUUGUGUAAAUCCAGUUUUUCGUGCAGUGAAUGAAAAAAAAAGAACAAGAAGAAGAACAAGAGUUUUCAUUGGUGCUAGCUACACGUUAGGAGCGAGGCUCUUUGAUUAUGUGAAUAAUAUGAUGGACAAAAUUGCUGCCAUUGAAGUUGUAAGUCAAUGUAAUCUGUGUUACCACUGGUUCAGUACAGCCUUUCUAACUUCUUCUGUUUUAAGUAGUGAAGUUCAAACAGAUUCGGAUAGCCUUAUGAAAGUCACGUGAGCCGAUAUCUGUUAGCACGCCGAAAGUGUAAGCAUGUUGCAUAAGACCCGCUCAUCUUCGCUUUCGUUUAUUCAGUCAUUUUUGCUUUGAUUUUAUUUUUGUUUUAAACAGCAUUGCCAAACACUGAAAUCAGAAAUCGCCGCCAAGUUGGCUUCCUCCCUUUGUGCGGUUCAGCUCAGUUUAACACCUUCACCCAGUUAUGUUGCGAUGAAAACCUGUUGCCGAAGAUGACGCCCACUACCGUUUGCUGUGAUCAUACCACUUACGACCCACUACAUCAGAUAUGCUGUGAUGGAGCAGUGUACCAGAAAUCGCAAUAUAUUAUUCCAAAGUGCUGUGGACAAGAAGUCUAUGAUGGAAAUACCACUGGAAUCAUCUGCUGCAGUAGUAAUGUUCACACUGGCCAUGGACCCAGUCCAGCUUGUUGCGGAUCAGAUAACGCCUAUAACACUCUUACUGAGAUAUGCUGCGAUCAAAGCACCGUGUUGCCUGCGGUAGGGUACACGAGUCCAGCUUGUUGCGGAACACAAUCAUACGAUGCCGCAAGCUUCUUAUGUUGUAACAACAUGAUGAUUGUACCUAAAUCAGGGCCAAAUUCAGCCUGUUGUGGCAACUUUGUCUACGAUACCAGUACACAGAUUUGCUGUGGUGGAAUGAUUUUCAUGAAGCCAGGCAAUGCGUCGGCGUGCUGUGGAAAUAUGGCCUACGACCGGGUGACGCAGAUGUGUUGUCAAGGAGUGCCAUCUAUGAAGCCCGGCGCAAAUCCUGCUUGCUGUGGGAUAUUCGCUUAUGAUCUGACAAGCUCCAUGUGUUGCAGUGGCCAUGUAGCUCCGAGAUCACCCUCAGUAACCAUGUGCUGUGGAAUGUUUUCAUACAGCCCUCUCACUCACUUGUGCUGCAAUGGUGUUGUGGGUAUAAGAGCAGGGCUAAUGCCAUCUUGUUGUUCAACUUUCGUGUAUAAUGCAGCUACCCAUCUUUGUUGCGAUGGCAACGUUGUAAUUCCCAUGAACCCUAAUGGGUGUGGAAGUCACGCGUGA